CUUUGCAAACUUACUCAUGACUUCUCACUGUGUCUUCUGUUAUUCCAUCGGAGUAGCCCGGGGGCGGGGGACAAUGUGGGAGAGAAAAGCAUCGGCUCUGUUUUUGAUCUGCAAUGACUCAGAGAUGAUUGAGAAGAACAAAAGCUUCUGUUUCAAUGUGAUGUUCUAUGUUCAUGCAGAAAGGAAGAAGGAAAUGUGUUAUGGAUGUCAUGAAGCGUUGACAUGAUGUGAGCAUGCUUUAGUUUAGUUAGUGCUAAGCCUCUUUUACCAAACAUUGCUUUCUGUAAAAAUUAAUUAUGUUCUCCCAAAAAGACCUCCCUCACCCCUCACCCCCACCUUCAGCAUGCCCCUGUGCUCUCUCACUUGCUGCACUAAUCCUUUUGUUGUGGGCUGGGGGGCCCAGCUUCGGCUAGUUCAACUGGGGAUUGAGCACCAAGGCCUGCUGUCCUCUGUCGGGUCAGGAAGCAAGAAAACAGAAAGCAAGAAGACAGCUUGUUUCGAUGGUCACCUUCUCUCGUUCACCUGUGUGUAUGUUUCCUUCUAGUCGGCUCUCAAGCCUGUGACCACUCCUACGAACUCAGGGGAAUCAGAAGACCUUGGUGGAGGUCCUCAGAGCCUUGGACCUACCGCUUGGUGCUGAUGAAGAGUCACGCCUCCAGAAGACUCAUGUCAGUCUCCUGCUCACCACGCUUCUUUUGGCGGUGGACUGUGAAGAGCGGACUGGUGCCUCUCAAGAGGUUUGUGACAAGUGCUUGAAGCCAGACGUCGUUCUUUCAGUGCUGGAGGAUGAAGGAAAGGCAUACCUCACAGAGGACGACUUCCAGCGCAUCUCCACUCUUCUGCUGUACUACAUCAUCAACUUGCAGGAUAUGUGCCAGUCAUCUUCCUCUUCCUCGUCAGCUGGGAGCUAUGAAUUCUACCUUCUGUCCCUAACCAAUCUACACCCAGCGGAGGACGGCCACUUUCUAUCAGCGGGUGAAAUAGAGAGCAUUCUGCAGCUCAUCAACCAGCACUAUAAGCCAUCUAACCAAGAACAUGCUACUCUGUCUGACCUCCAGUGUAUUGAUGCUGCUCAUCUGCUGGAAGACGCAAACGAAAAAGAUGGUGCAGGCGCCAGUGUGACGACCGUGCCCAAAGUGGCCGCAGCCAUCAUCAGUCACAUCCUGCAGCGUCGCUGUUUCUCUCAGACGAACCUCCCGCCGCCUUCCUUCUUCACGAGUUAUAUCUUUCAGUCCCUCAAUCGCACCAGUGGCCUGCAAGUUUUAGAUUUGGAAGAGCUGCUUCAUCAACUGGGAGUUGGUGGUGAAGGAAAGAGGCGGAACUUACAGAUAAAGACGGUGCAUUCGCUGGACGGUUGCAAGCCACAAAGUGGAGACUGGGCACGGGUGUGUUUUUCAGCCAAUCAGCUGGUGGAUAUUUUUGCUCUGCACCCCCAUUUGCCCAUUUCCAAGGAGCACUUGAGGCAAAUUUGCCCGGCCAUCAUUCAGCAGUUGCUAGGCAAUGCGUGUGAGUCUGCAGAACCAAACACCAGAAGAUCUCAGCCUACUGCUUUUGAGAAGUUUGGCUACAGCACAGCAGCAGUGCUGGUCAUCACACUGGGCUCCAUGUUCGGCAUCUGUUUGAUCUUCUUCAACUCGUGCCAGGAAACCUACACACUCAUCCUGCAGCUCUUUGUGGGCCUGGCUGUGGGGACCCUCUCAGGAGAUGCCCUCCUGCACCUCAUCCCGCAGAUCCUCGGCCUUCAUGACCAUGCCGAUGAUGAUGAAGAGCACUUCGCUGAGCAAAGGGAGUACCUGUGGAAGAUUCUUGGCAUCAUUGCUGGGAUCUAUGGCUUCUUCCUCAUUGAAAGAAUCUUCUCCUUUUUGGUUCCUCAUCAUGGGCACGCCCACUCGGGCGACCGUCCCUCAGAGCUCGGCUGUAAUGCUCAGUCCCAGAGGGGAAAGUCCAUGUCCACCAUACAGCUGGGACCAGUAGAGGACUUGGACUGUACAGAAGGAUCUCCUGAGCAUCCAGACAAACAGAGGCCUUCACAUCAAAGACGAGGUGUUCCUCUGCUCGCCGUCAUGGUAAUUGUGGGCGACAGCCUCCACAAUUUUGCAGACGGCUUGGUUGUCGGCGCGGCCUUCUCCUCAUCGCCCGAGACCGGCAUGGCGACCACCGUGGCCAUCCUUUGCCACGAGGUCCCACAUGAAAUGGGAGACUUUGCAGUGCUGCUCAGCUCCGGGCUGCCCGUAAAAACUGCUGUGCUGAUGAAUUUCGUCAGCGCCCUGACCGCCUUUAUGGGCCUCUACAUCGGACUCUUUGUUUCCGCCCAGGUAGAGGCGCAGCAGUGGAUCUUUGCCAUCACUGCUGGCAUUUUCCUCUACUUGUCACUUGUGGAAAUGCUUCCUCAAAUGAGUCGAGUGAGCAGCAGCCGUCCUCGUGUGCUCUUCCUCCUGCAGAACGUGGGCCUGCUGAUGGGCUGGUCGUGUCUUCUGCUGCUGGCGCUCUUUGAACACCAGCUCACGUUUAAAAAUGAUGGCUGACUUUCACAAACCACGUGAUCACUUACUGAUUAGUUGAGUGACUAAUCACUUGCACAAUAAUCAAGCAUACUUCCAGGCAUUUAUUCAUACAAAUGUACUUUUAUCCAUGAAAGAAAGAAUAAUACUUUAUCACAUAUAUUUAUCCAAGUCUGGUUGUGUGUGGUAGCCAACAUAUUGGGUACAGCUGGUGACAAAACAAAUUGGAUUAAAUUGUGCAGAUGUGCCUAAUGUGUCACUGGUACAAUGAAGUCAUGUUGCAUUGUUGUGUUCACAUGUUAAAUGGAAUCAAAUAGACUCUGAUUGAAGCAAAAAUGUCUACAAAGCAGAUGAUCAUUACUGUUGUUUCCCAAUUCUGAUGAAAUGGAGCACUGAUCUGUUGAAAGGGACAAAUAAA